GACUGGGCAGACUUAUGAGUAAGACCAAGAGACUGAGAAGGAGCUUUUUUUAAUAAAGGAAAGAGAAGAAGAGUGGAGCUGAGAGGAGGACGAGGAGGAGCAGGCGCCGUGGAGAAGUGUCUGCAGGAUUUAUGACUCAUUCAGACACAGAAGAGAAAGUUUAAUGGAGGGAAAUAUCACACUGGAGAGCCCUGCUGUUACUUUUAGACUGCAGCUGUGCUGAAGGAAGAGGGAAUAUUGAUGAAACAAUGACCACCAUCAUCUCUACCUCUUCAGCGGCCAUGGCUCUUUCAGUCAACGCCUCUCCUCCUGUCACAAUGUCCUACUUCACCUCCUCUGCGGUCAACCAAAACCAGACCAAGUGCUCCUUUGAUGACUCAGCUAUUCGUCUGCCUCUGGCCAUCUUAUACUCGCUGUUCUUCCUCUUAGGACUAGUGGGGAACCUCUUUGCCCUGUGGGUCUUCCUCUUCCUGCACUCAAGCCGCAACUCUGUGCGAGUGUUUCUCAUAAACUGUGCCGUGGCUGACCUGGUCCUUCUGGCAUGCCUGCCCUUCAGGGUUUUCUACCACGUCAACGGAAACAAGUGGGUCCUGGGCUCUGUGGCAUGUAAGAUGGUGGGGAAUCUGUUUUAUAUGAACAUGUACAUCAGCAUCACGUUACUCGGGUUUAUCAGCCUGGACAGAUAUUUAAGACUGAAGGGGAAAGGAAGAGCACGCAGAGGUUUGAGGAUGACACUGUGGGGGUAUAGCUUGCCGUGGAGCUGGGUGGCGUGCGGGGCUCUGUGGGGUUUCUCUCUGAUGGCAUUGGUGCCCAUGAUCGCUACAGCAGAGGACAGAGAGGACAGCAAUCAAUGCUUUCAGUACAAACAGCGCAGCAGUAAAGCCAAAGGGAAAGCCUACUUCAAUGCCGUCUUAGUGGUGCUUUUCUGGCUCGUCUUCAUCCUGCUUGUUGUCUCCUAUGGUAAGAUCGCCUCCCAGCUGCUCAGGGUCUCACGGGACAAGCCAGACCUCCCAAACGCGCAGAGAUACGAGCGAACUGCCAAGAAGUCCUUCUUUGUCCUCUUCUUGUUCACCGUCUGCUUCGGACCAUAUCACGCCUUCCGCCCCAUCUACAUCCUCUCCCAGCUUGGUGGAUCUUAUUCCUGUGACUACUUACAAAUGGUGGACCGCACCAAUGAGGUGAUGCUUUUACUGUCCGCCUUCAACAGCUGUCUGGAUCCCGUCAUGUACUUCCUGUUGUCUGGUUCAGUGCGCAAAACAGCUGUGCAGGCACUCGGACAUCGACUAGGUAACCGGCUGCUUUUCCUUAAUGACGCGACAUCGAAUAGCUCCACGAUGGAGUUCAGGCGAGCGUCUGUGCCCGUGGCGUUACCCAGCGUAGGACUCAACAACCCCGCACUCACACCAAGAACAAGUAUCUGUGUCAUCAACGCCAACCUCCACCAAACAGACCUGACUGCACUGCCACCUACUGGACAACAGUGAUAAUAAACUUUUCUUCCUGCCAGUUAUAUAACCUACAGAGAUAAGACUUUCUACCUUAUCUACAUGAACUGCUCUACCAAUUUCAGCUAAACUUAGUAAUAAUUUCUACAUACACCAAUUUCUUUCAUUGGA